GCUGCUUAGCUCUCUGCUGCUCUGGGGCUCCUCUUCAACCCAAGAGGAGCAGAUAGGAGCCCCGGGGAGCCGGGUGACAAAGUGGCCACGACCGCUGCGCAGGCGCAAGUGCGGGGCCUCGCGGCCUCUAAACACUGAAGGGCGCCUGCGCAAACGGAGGUUCUCGGGAUGGACACGUGGGGGCGCCUGAGCGAGGAUAACAGUAAUAAAUUUCGUAGUAACGUAUCCGUCUCGUCGUCUUUGCUGUUAUUUCAUGAUUUGCAACGUACGGCCCUCUUCAUUGCUUCUGCGUGGACUCUCACGGCAGUCCUACAAAUGGAACAACCAGCUCCCAAGCCUCACAGUGUAGAGGACCAGAGAAGGCUCAGGACCGGGGCCUGGCGCCCCGGCCCUGCCUCUGACCUGCUGGGUAACUGCGGUAAUUCUGUUCCCUCAGGGAGCUUAAACUUCGUCAUUUGUACAUGAGGCCAGGUCAUUGAGAAGAUCAAAUGAGAACCUUGGGCGAAAACUCAAUUCCCGAGGAGUGUGUAAAGGCGAAAGACGAUUAUAGUCAGGAGAUCACUGACUGAGGGACCCAUUUCCUUGAUCUACAGAUUGCAAAACUGAGCACCCGAAGAGGAGCAAGGGCUUGCCCCAGGCGUGGCCGUCUGGCACCAAAGGUUAAAGCGCCACCAUUUUGCCAUUAGUCCUGGAACCCUCCCUUGCUCCAGUGAGGACCCGUGUCUUUGUUGGAUGCGGGGUUAGAGAGACCAAGCAUACCCCUGACCCGAUGGAGACAGUAGAAGGAAAGAUCUGGAGAAUCCUGGAGGACAAGAACAGUGCUGCUGGAGUUGGAGUGCAGCCCAGGCUUCUCAGGACAGUGGCCCAGGUCCCAGGAAGGUGGCGUCAGCAUCUGCAGCCGCGUCGACGCUAUCGGAGCCUUCGCAGAGGACCCAGGAGAGCCGGACUAGGACCAGGGCCCUGGGCCUCUCCACACUCCCCAUGGCCUCCACAGAGCCCCAAGGGCCGCGGCCGGUCCUGGGCCGGGAGAGUGUCCAGGUGCCCGACGACCAGGACUUCCGCAGCUUCCGGUCCGAGUGCGAGGCCGAGGUGGGCUGGAACCUGACCUACAGCAAGGCCGGCGUGUCUGUGUGGGUGCAGGCUGUGGAGAUGGACCGGACUCUGCACAAGAUCAAGUGCCGGAUGGAGUGCCGCGACGUGCCAGCCGAGACGCUCUACGAUGUCCUGCAUGACAUCGAGUACCGGAAAAAGUGGGACAGCAACGUCAUUGAGACCUUUGACAUCGCCCGCUUGACAGUCAACGCAGACGUGGGCUACUACUCCUGGAGGUGUCCCAAGCCCCUGAAGAACCGUGAUGUCAUCACCCUCCGUUCCUGGCUCCCCAUGGGCACUGAUUACAUCAUUAUGAACUACUCAGUCAAACAUCCUAAAUACCCACCUCGGAAAGAUUUGGUCCGAGCGGUCUCCAUUCAGACGGGCUACCUCAUCCAGAGCACGGGGCCCAAGAGCUGCGUCAUCACCUACCUGGCCCAGGUGGACCCCAAAGGCUCCUUACCCAAGUGGGUGGUGAAUAAAUCUUCUCAGUUCCUGGCGCCCAAGGCCAUGAAGAAGAUGUACAAGGCGUGCGUCAAGUACCCUGAGUGGAAGCAGAAACAUCAGCCGCACUUCAAGCCGUGGCUGCACCCGGAGCAGAGCCCGCUGCCGAGUUUGGCGCUGUCGGAGCUGUCGGUGCAGCACGCGGACUCGCUGGAGAACAUCGACGAAAGCGCCGUGGCUGAGAGCCGCGAGGAGCGCGCGGGCGGCGCGGGCGGGGAGGGCAGCGACGACGACACCUCGCUCACCUGAGCGCGGCUUCGCUGCAAGCACCGGACCGGACAAGACGGGCCGGGCCCGGGGACCGCGGGUCCUCCCGCACUCUCUCCCCUCCACCCCCGCCCGCGCCUCGGGGGGCACUGGGCUCGGGCCCAGGCGAGUGCUGCGGCCCUGCUGGACACAGCCCCAAUAAACGAUCCCACAGCCUCA